UUUUUUCAGAAUUAUAAAAAAAUACAAGAUAGCGGAAUAAUCAGUUGGUAUAAGAAAUCAGCUUUACUCUUUAGUCGACUCGAGUGUGUGAAACUACGCAGUGUACAGCAGUGUACAGACAAUUUGUGCUACUUGUAUUUAUUUAUUUAAAAUAAACCAACAACUGGUAAUAAAUUAUUUCCAUUUGAUUUACAACUACGUAACAAAUUUUUAACAAUAAUAUAAAAUAUUUACAAGAUCUUUUUCGAAUUAAAAUAUAUAAAAUGGAGAAUAGACAUCGUCAUUUAUUUGAUGGAAACACAAUACUAAAUGUCUACAAUAAUGAUGUAAUUAAUUUGUCUGUCGGUGCGCCUGGUCCUGAUUUGCUGAAAAAUUGUGGCGAGAUGAUGCUCAAAGCAACACAACACAGACUGGAAGAAGAAAAAAAUGAAGGUAAAUAUUAUUUAUUCCAGUAUGGAACAACACCAGGUCUAUGGGAGUGUCGUGAUGAAUUAAAAAAUUUUCUAUCAAGAAGAUAUGGUGAUCAAGUUGAUGAUGAAAAUUUAAUAUUAACAUGUGGUGCAACUCAUGGUGUACAAUUAAUUUUAAACAGUAUAAUAUCACCAAAUGGAAUUAUUUUUGUUGAACAAGUUACAUAUAUGAUUGCACUUGAUGCAUUUAAACAAUUUCCACUUAUGAAAAUAAUAAUGGUUCCAAUGAAAAAUAACUAUGUAGAUUUUGAAAAAUUUGAUGAAAUUAUUAAUAAUGAAUUGAAAAAAAAUAAUAAUUAUCUCAUUACAAAUGAUAAAAUUUUUUGGGCAAUGUUUUAUACAAUUCCAACAUUUCAUAAUCCAACUGGAAUGACAAUUCCACCAGAAAGCUGUAAAAAAAUUGUUGAUAUAGCUAGAAAAUAUUCAAUAGUUGUUGUUUGUGAUGAUGUUUAUAAUUUGUUGAGUUAUAAUGAUGAUUUGCCACCACAUAGAUUAUUUUAUUAUGAUGAUAAAAAUGAUGUUGACUAUAAAGGAGGUAAUGUCAUAUCAAAUGGAUCAUUUUCUAAAAUAUUAUCACCAGCAAUAAGACUUGGAUGGCUUGAAUGUCCACCAAGGAUAUCAAGUAUCCUCAAACAAUCUGGAAUAAUGAAAAGUGGAGGUGCUGUUAAUCAUUAUGUUUCUGGAGUCAUUGCAAGCUUGCUUCAUUUAAAACUUCAAGAUGAAUAUGUUGAUUUGCUAAUAAAAACAUAUCAAGAAAGAUUAAAAAUUGUUUGUGAUAUAUUGGAUCGUUAUUUACCAAGAUGUUGUUCAUAUAAAAAACCAGAUGGUGGAUAUUUUGUUUGGAUCCAACUGCAUCAAGAAUGUGAUGCUGGUAAAUUUGUAAAAUGGUGUCAAGAAAAUUACAAAGUAACAGCAAUACCAGGAAGUCGUUUUUCACUUAUUGAUGAAUCUAAAAAUUAUUUACGACUAAGUAUUGCAUUUCAUAAAUCUGAAGUUUUAAAAAAUGCAACGAAAAAAUUAUGCCAAGGAUUAUUGAUAUACAUAAGACAAUCACUCGUUAAAAAUUAAUCAUUUUUUAUCAUAAAAAAUUACCUUUAAAUGAUAAUUAAUUUUAUAUUUUUUUAGUUAAUUAAUAAAUAUAUAUACAAAGUAAAUAAAUUAAUGUUUUAAACAUA